GGUAGUACAUUGCUCGUGGAAGAUAUGGCGCAGGCAGCGAUAGGCCUAGGGCUUGUGCCAUACACGCGCUCGCCGCCAUCGCCAUCGCUAGGAUCGAUCACAGGGAGAGCGAUCGCAGUGAGGAGCAGGAGGGCGAGAUCGUCGGGAAGAAUGUCUGCCGUGGUUGCCAAAUUCGAGCUCCCGCCGCUCCCCUACGAGAUGAAUGCGCUGGAGCCAUUCAUGAGCAAGACGACGCUGGAGUUCCACUGGGGGAAGCACCAGCGCGCAUACAUUGACAACCUCAACAAGCAAAUCUCUGGGACGGAGCUCGAGAGCCUCAAGCUGGAAGACAUCAUCACCAAAACUUAUGGCGGUGGAAACGCCCAGCCAGCUUUCAACAAUGCCGCGCAGGCAUGGAACCACGACUUCUUCUUCCACUCCAUGACAGCCAAAGGGGGCAAGGCUCCCAGUGGCGAUAUCUCCGGCUUGAUCAACCGGGACCUCGGCUCCUACGACAACUUCGUCAAGGAGUUUAAAGCCGCCGCCACUACACAGUUUGGAUCCGGAUGGGCCUGGCUCUCCCUCAAGGACGGGAAGCUGAUCGUCCAGAAAACAGCCAACGCGGUGAAUCCACUCGUGUCCGGAGAGACUCCACUGCUCGUCCUCGACGUCUGGGAGCACGCGUACUAUCUGGAUUUCCAGAACCGCCGCCCAGAUUACGUGGAGACGUUCCUGAGAGAGCUUGUCAACUGGGACACUGUCAAUGCUCGCUUGGAAACUGCUACUGCCAAACUCUAGUCUGUCUCUGUGCUAGUAAAAGAAAGAAUGUUUGUUUGUGAUGCAGUAGUUGCUCUCCUCAAUCAAGUGUGUUAAAAACAAAUCAACUACAUGUAUGAACAAUCAGCACCAA